CGAAUUUUAUGACCAUCAUAAAAGAUUUUUUCCGAUUUCUUGGUGGGUGAAACGGAUUGGUGUAUAGUUUCAAAUAGAAAAAAGAAUAUACCUAAUAAAAUUUCCAAAUAAAUAAUUUUCUACCAUCACUCAAGCAAAUUGGUGGAAUUCUUUUGUUUGAAAAGUAAGUCCCACAUCGACUUAACUUCUUUCCAAUCAGAGAAAAACUAACCCACACCUACUACGUGUAAAAUAAACCAAAAAAAAAAACAUGAGUAGCUUCACUGACAACCCAUUCGGAGAGCCAUUGGUUGAUUUGGAUCCUUUCGAGGAUACAUCGGUUCAAGAAAUACCCAGACAAGUCACCAAUAUUCAGAGUGCACUGGAGGACUUCAACCCGUUCGAGGAGGAGCAAAGUAAACCAAGAUUGCAAAUUAACUCGACGAAUAAUGCUGCAGUCGUUCAGCCAUCGUCCCAGAAUCUGCCACCCAUAGUAGCACCACCGCCCUUCAGCAACAGAAGUGCUGCAAGUACGAGUGUGCAGAUAACCACAGAAGAGCUACAGCGCCGUCAAGACGAAUUAGAUAGAAAAGCAGCUGAAUUAGACAGACGUGAACAACAGCUUAAAAGAACUAAUGUACCACAGAUCAACAAUUGGCCACCUCUACCCGAUAACUUUUGCAUUAAACCAUGUUUCUAUCAGGACUUUAAUUUAGAAAUCCCAUCAGAAUUUCAACGACUUGUCAAACAUCUUUACUACACAUGGAUGAUGUACACUCUUACAAUGAUGGCAAAUAUCUUUGGUGGCCUACUUAUACUUUUGCACAGUGGGGACUUUACAAAUUUCGGUUUGUCGAUCUUCUAUGCCUUUCUGUUUACUCCUGCGUCAUAUGUUUGCUGGUUCCGCCCAGCAUACAAAGCUUUUAAGAAUGAUUCAAGUUUUAACUUUAUGGUCUUCUUUUUCGUGUACUUUUUUCAAACAAUGAUGAGUGUUUUCCAAUCCAUCGGCAUUCCUCGCACUGGCUACUGUGGCUUUAUUGUGGCCAUUAGUCAGUUUGAUUCAAGUGCCGAAGGUAUCAUAGUUGGGUUAUUGUUACUCAUUAUUGCCUUCUGCUUUGCAACAACUUGUGCUGCUAAUGUCAUGAUGAUAACUAAAAUCCAUACGAUUUACCGAAGUUCCAACGCUAGCAUGGCCAAGGCUCAACUUGAAUUUGCGACUGAGUUUAUGCACAACCAAAACGUUCAGCAAGCUACUGCUUCAGCCAUGAGCUCGGCCGUCAACGCGCAACUCAACAGUAAUCGAUACUGAAAUUAAAUCAGACUUUUAAUUUUGUUUAAAAUUAUUAUUUUGCCUUCGAACGAAUCGAUGGUCAAAAAUGCAUUCUUUACGAUACAAAAAUUAAACAUACAAAAAAUGAAAUGAAUUUUAACUAUUAUUUAAAAAUACGUCCUUGACUUGCAUAAUAAAUAAAUAAAUAAAUAUAUAAAUAAUAAUGUACUAAGAAACAAACAAAAAAUACUUAUAGGUGUCUCAUAUGGAGUGUUUCUGUUUAAUUCUUAUCGUCGAUUUAAGGAAAGAUCUUUCGGUUUAAGUGUCUAGUAAAAAUUAAAACAAAAUAUAUUAUUAUGCAAAUAAAAUCUUAAUAAGCUUCAUCUAUACAUAAAUUUAAACAAAUACAAAAAUAUUAUCUUGUCUCUUUA